GGCGGCCAUUACCAAAGAGUGGGAGUUUGGCUGCCUAGCUAGAGGGGCUUGUUUCCGCCCGCUCCUGGGUGGUGGGCGGCCAUUUUAGGUGCGUGCAAUUAAGGGCUGUGGCGGGAUUGGCUCCGCGUCUAGGUUCGUCCGCUGCUUCCCACCUACCAGGGCCGGAUCCGGAGCCCUUCCCCGCGGGGCGGGACCUCGCAGCGGCCGACUCCUUUCCAGGUGAAGGGUAACCCGGCUGAAGAAACACUUAAGUUCUGGAAAUUGCGACUCAGUAUCAUGGCCGGCAGCCCUAAUGAAGAUUCAGAAGGAAGCAGAAUCACUUAUGUGAAAGGAGACCUUUUUGCAUGCCCCAAAACAGACUCUUUAGCGCACUGUAUCAGUGAGGAUUGUCGAAUGGGUGCUGGGAUAGCUGUCCUCUUCAAGAAGAAAUUUGGAGGGGUGCAGGAACUGUUAAAUCAACAAAAGAAAUCUGGAGAAGUGGCUGUUCUGAAGAGAGAUGGGCGAUACAUAUAUUACUUGAUUACAAAGAAAAGGGCUUCACAUAAGCCAACUUAUGAAAACUUACAGAAGAGUUUAGAGGCCAUGAAGUCCCACUGUCUGAAGAAUGGAGUCACCGAUCUCUCCAUGCCCAGGAUUGGAUGUGGUCUUGAUCGUCUGCAAUGGGAAAAUGUAUCUGCAAUGAUUGAAGAGGUGUUUGAAGCCACAGACAUCAGAAUUACUGUGUACACACUGUGAACAGAUGCGUGGUGUGGAUGUGUCCACGUUCUCCUGUGUGAUCCCUACUGGACCGUAGCACUGGACGAACUGACCUGAAAACAGUCUGAGGAAAGAUUUGUGUGAAGUAGUCUGUGUCACAGGCCAGACUUGGGUUGCUGUAUUCUCAUGAUGGGACUGGGACUCUGGAGGAGGGAUUGCUUGGGAAAUGUUGCUGUGAUUUUUUUUUUUUUUCCCCUUUAGGAAGGUAAGGAGUAGAAUGCCUCAUAUUAGGCAAGGAAAUCAGAUGUUGGGCCUCUGACCUGUUUUCAUUCAGGAUACGACCUGACUUGUUUGGCUUGCCACUAGGUGGCAGCACUGAUUCUACUUUUCUGCUGUUUAAGAGAAAUUUCAGGAAGGAUGAACAUUUCAAUUAGUUUUGCGUCUUUUGUCAUUUGUGAGCUUGCGUGGUAUUAUCCUUGUCAUUCUGGGAGAGAAUUAUGGGUUUUGUUUAAUUUACAAAAAUGAGUCUUAGGUUGUUAACAAGAAAUUUGUGGUGACAGAAAAGGAAAAAUAAACAUCUUUUUCUUGGGGGUCCAAUGAGGUUCUGUGCACACGGCUGUUGUUCUGGACCUGGGUAAUGGAGGAUUCGCCUGUAACUAAUUGGGAAGAAUCAGACAAAAGGUCCAGUGGGAAGAGCAGCAGGGUGAGAAGAAAUAAGAACGGACAAGAACUGUGGGUCAGCAUUACUGGAAAGGCAGAUGUUUAGAAUCUCCUCAUGGUGAACUCUUGCUCUCUUCUGUCUACCACAUAGCUUCUGCAAUUGAACGGGUCUGAAUUCAGUCAUGGAAUAAAUGAAAUAAUGUAUAUGAAAUAUCUGCUGAAUUGCUUAGGGCAGAGUAAUGACUCAACAAAUCAGUGGUUCUCAACAAAAUCCUUCCUUAAUGAAUCUUUUAAGAAAAAGGCCCACUUCCUUCAAAAACUCUAGUUUGGCAGUUUGGGGUGGGGUGGGGGAAAUGGCUACGUUUCUUUGUGUCAUUAAGCUGCAGAGAGGAUUGUGAUCAUGCAGCCAGCUGGGAUGGAAAACAGUACAUAUUAGUCCCUUUUUCUUUAGCUAAGAGAGCAGCACUUGAUCCACUCCAGUGUUUACAGUGAGAGACUAGGUUCCUGGAUUCAGUAUCAAAGGUACUGGGAAAACUAGUGGAAUUCUUUUUUACCAUUACUAUGGUAAGCUGUUUUCAUAUGUGAACAGAUGCGUGCUGUGGAUGUGUCCACGUUCUCCUGUGUGAUCAGGAGAUUACACCUGGCUAGCUCAGUCAAUAGAGCAUGUGACUCUUAAGGUUGGGAUCGUGAGUUCAAGCCCCACAUGAGAGGUGGAGCCUACUUAAAAAAAUAAAAAGUUAAACUAGCCUGAACUAUUGAUUUUCUCGCUAGAGUGAAUUCUGGGUCUGUUGUAGGACUUGUUGCUUUCCCAAGUGUAAAAAGAACUGGGUUUCAGAAGGGGCUUGUUGAAACACUAGGAAAACACCGGUUAAAUAUAACCUUUGUACUUUAGACUUGUGUUCUUAUCACACUAGUGUGAUAGGAGGCAGCAGUUUCAAAAAGUAUUUCACUUCUUUUGUAUCUCUGGAACAGACAAGUUCAUGUCGUUGGGGUAGGAGUAGUGCAGGGCCAAGUUCAUUGUUGAACUCAGACUGAGGCUUUUGAAGCUUUGCUUUUGUCCACAUACAGUAAAACUGAAGGGGAAAAGAGAAUGAAUACACAAUACAGAAAAUGAGAGUGGGAUGGUAAGA